AUGACUGCCGCUCCUGCAUUCGCCGCACAUGCGCCGGCAGCUGGAGAGGCAUCUUUGGGCACACGAGCGCUGCCCGGCGGCAGUGCCGCGCUGGCACCGGCGCUGCUGCGGCGCACGCGCCUCGAGGAGCGCAGCCGCCGCCGGCGCCAGGCCGCGCCGCCCGUCGACCACUCGUUCGUGCUCGGCGUCACGGACCCGCAGUCGUGCGUGCCCAUGAACAUCACCUUCAACCCCUCCAAGGGCGUGCCGCCGUUCACAGUCCAGAUCGCGCCCAGCGGCUGGUUUCCCGCCGUCUUCAGCGUGCCGGCGUCGUACGCGGACCCGACGCUCUCGCAGUGGCUCGUGCAGUACACGCCGCCGGUCUACACCAUGCCAGACGCACCCAGCAGCAGCCGCAUCACGCCAGACAUGGUCGUCACCGUCGUAGACUCGAGCGGAGCGAUGGCCAACUCGAGCAGCAUGAUCACCGUCAAGACGGCGCCCGACGGGAUCAGCUGCGACAACAUCAGUGGGACUCUGCCAUUCUUCUUCUACAACGACCCGAGCCAGACCACAUGCGAGCCAUUCCACGUGGCAUGGAACAGCACGAGCGGCAACAAGACGUGGCAGGAUCCGCUGGGCCUCUACUUUCUCCCUCAGCGUCUGCCGCCGCUCUACAUGCCCAUCAGCAACUCGUCGACGCUCAACAUGACGUUCCCGCUCGCCGUGCCCGCAUCGACUGACUUUCUCAUGACGAUGAGCGACGCCAGAGGCUCAAGCGGCGGCGUCUCCGGGCGCAACUCAGCUGGCUUCUCCGAGUACUCCGACCUCUCCUGUCUCCAGCAGCCCUUCAGUCAGAUCCUGCCCACGCCGACCGCGACGCUGACAUACCCGAUGCCCGACUACGUCGCCUCGGUGCCCUCGCUCACCACCUCCGACGGCGUCAUCUACACGCAAACGGUCGUCGCGACAGUGCGCAACGGCAAAGCAGCCGGCCAACGCGGCACGGACGCCGGUGUGCUUGGCGCCUCCGUGGGCGUGGGCAUCGCAGCGGCGCUAGGCGCAUGUCUGGUGUUCUACAUUCUCUGGCGGCGACGACAGAAGCGCAGAGAGCUGUCAUGGGAUGUGCCUGAUGGCGUAGCGAGCACGCUGGGCCACAGUGGAGCGCCCAUCGAUCGCAAGUUCGCACAGCGGCUGCAGCCACAGGCCAACGUCGCAGGUCAACGGCGCAACCCCGAUGGUCUCGCAGCAGCAGGGGAGAUGCCGGGCAAUCGCUCUUCGCGGACGAACAGCUUGCACAGCAGUCUGCACUCGUUCGGUGGCAGUGCGUAUGAGCUGCGGGCAGAGUACAACAACGCGCCGCUCGACUCGCCGACUGGCUUCUACACUUCUCCGCCGGGCACUGCGCCGCUGCCGUACUCGGACUUUUCGCCUCCCAGCCACUCCUACGGCGUCGGCGAGAACUCGUUCGGCUCGCAGGAGCAAGAAGUGCUCUCGCAGCUCUCGCCGCAGCAAAUGGCCGCGCCGCAGCGCUCGCACUAUGGUGCUCGUCGUGCAUCUGCCUCUUCAGGCUCCAUGCGCGUGGGCGCUGGAGGCGCAGCGGCGUAUCGCUCGCCAUUCGGCGACUACUCUUCGUCUGGCGAUAUCGGCUCGGGCCAGUACGAGGAGGUGCCGAUGAGUGAGCCGCGCUAUCCGACGUCUUCGGCCGGGAGCGGCACGUACGGCACGACUGGCACGCCGACUUCCGCGGCGCAGGCGUACAGCACGGCGCGCACGGGCUCGUCAGGCUCCUCCUCAAGCACCGGCAAUCCCUUCUCCAACUCUCGUCGUGCUCCCGCCUCCGCUUUGGGCUCCAUGCCCGGCAACUCGAGCUACGCCUCUUCGGGCGCAGCAGCAGCAGCGCCGAGAGCGGGCUAUGGCUUCGUGCAGCACAGCGAUGCAGGCCUGCUCCUUGACGACUCCAUCGACGACGCCGAUGCAGAAGCGGAUGCAGCGAGACAGGGCAUCGUGGAGCUGCCGCCUCAGUAUGACGCCGUGCCGCGCCGCGAGCCGAGGCAGCAGCAACAGCAAGCUGCCAGCUCGAGCUCAAGUCCGAGCGCGACGACGUCGUCGUCGUCGGCGCAGGCAGCGCAGGCAUCACAGCCACCACAGUCACAGCAGCAGCCGACGCUGGCAGAGGGCGAGGAGGAGGAUGAGGCCGAGUUCUGGCGGCCUGCGCCUGCGCCUUCGCGGCCCUAG